AUGCCCUCUCUCGCCGUCCGGGCCUGGCGCGAUUCCCACACAUGCACUGACUUGCCUGCCAUCAGAACGACGGAAGCUCCUCUCCUUGCACCAAACCACCCUCUCCGCCGAGCCUUUGCGCGGUACGGUCGAUACGCUGCGAGGCACGUUGUCACGACCCUCAUCAUCUCCGUCGUCGUCGCCUCGAUCCUCAUAUACCCUUUUCCGUUUCUCUACACCUCCGACUUGAGCAAUGGCGCCUCCAACCUCCCCCACCACGUGUGGACUGCUGCGCAGCCGCUCAAGGAAAACAGCACCGAAUCCGACGUCAUCAUGCGCUCCAUAUGGGUCCACGGUAGUUAUAUGAAGGCUUUGGAUCGCGAGGUGCUGCUUGGUGCUCUUGAACUCCAGGACGAGCUGCUCGGUCCCACCAAGAACUUCAGCCCACGGCGGCCCGUCACGGCUCUCCGGGUCCACGACCCCCACGCAGAUCUUGCACCUCAGGACCGGGAUGCAUUUCACGUCGUCAACGGCCUUACCAACCAGUCGUGGUUCUUCCAUUCGCCCCUCCAAUACUGGGCCUGCUCCGCGGAGCGCAUAUCCACCGAUGCCAACAUCGUCUCCACGGUCAACGCGAGGAAAACCCAGCCGACUUCGGUCAAUGUUACUCUCCGGCAUUCCAUCGUCUUCAGCGGGAAGCAUUUCGAAGACAGAAAACUGUUGGCAGCCGACGCGCUUGUCAUCACACUGAUCCACCUGCGCGACUCGCCCGUCGGUCGUCAAUGGGAGAGGAAGGCCGAGGCGCUCGCGGCCCGCAUGAAGGACAAAUGGACCGCCUACCCGGCAGACGGGAAGAGCAUGACCAGCCAGCUAUACGAGUUCCAGUUUAUGCCCAUAUCCAUGCAAGACACGGUGUUUCUGGCGCUCGCGUACGGUCUGGCAGGCCUAUACUUUCUAUACAGCCUCUCCAAGCUGAGAGCGGUCAAGUCAAAGAUUGGCUUGAUAGUCACCGUCUUCGUACAGGUAGUCGUCUCCAUCAUGUCUAGUUUCACGGUGUGUGCCGUCUUCCGCGUUGACUUGUCGGGCAUCCCUCAGGCGGCGUAUCCUGUGGUUGUUCUUUCGAUGAGCCUUGAAAACAUAUUUAGGCUCAUCAACGCCGUCAUCGUGACCCCCUCGGAGAACAGCACGAGCAGUCGAAUCAGCCGCGCAUUCGGAGAGACGGCACAUGUUGCGUUGGCCAGCUCGGCGCAGAACGUCAUCAUCCUGUGGGGUCUGUCCAAGAUUGUCUCACCCGGCGUCUCUGCAUUCUGCACUUUUGUGGCCGUCGCCAUUGUCUUCGACUUCUUCUACUUGUCCACGUUUUUCCUGGCCGUCCUCAGCGUCGACGUGCGACGGACAGAGCUCAGUGACGCGCUUGCCAAAGCCUCGUUGAAGAACAACAGGUACGGACAGGAGCAGCCGCUAAAGAGGAGCUGCUUUGAGGCGAUGCUGCAGGGUAAAAUAGCCCUGUCCACGCGCAUCGCCGGGACAGUUAUCAUGAUCACAUUUGUUUUGAUUGCACAGUGGCACUUUUUUGAAAACGACACCUUCGUCCGACUCCUGCGGGGGGUUUUCAGGGUCUCCAGAGACACUGUCAGCUUCAGCCAGCCAAAGAAUUCGUUACUGGUCGACAUCCACCAAGCGCGAAGCCCCACAUCCUGGCUUCGCCUUCAAGACCACGAAAGCGCUCGCGAGGUUAUCAAUGUCAUCAAGCCGCGAUCCCACAGUUACAUUGCCCGGGUGUAUGACCCUCUUGUGUUCGUCCUCAACGGCGCGGACCGCACGCCUGUCACGCCAGAGCGGCCCCUUCUGCCGGCCCUGUACGACUUUAUCGACCAUCAUCUGAAGCACUUCCUCGCCACCGUGCUGUUCAUCCUCUCUGCCGUCCGCCUCCUCAUGAACUACCUGCUCUGGGGAGACGAUGCCGAGUCCAGACGCAACGAUGACAUGAGCGACCAACCUCUUUUGGCGAUUGAGUCUCUUCCAGAGGCUCACUCGUUGGAUGUCGUCAUGAUGUCAUCCUCAUACGACGGGCACAUCAUCUCAGUUGGACUGGAUCGGGCAAUCCGCGUGUGGGACGUCCGGUCCGGGGGCAGGGACUAUGCGCUGGCUGAUAUCGAGCCGCCCCCUGAAAACCCCUUCCCGAUUCUGGCAGUUGCGACGGACAAGAAGUCCAGCUGGUUGGCCCUGUUGUCGUCUCACAAGGUCUUUCUCUGGAACCUGGUCGAGCAUCGUUGGGGCCAUCCGGUCCCUGUCGAAUUGAACGGCCAGAAGCCUGAGGGUUUCUUUUUCGGCACCCCAACUUUUGACUUUACGAGCCCCCUUGUCAUCGUCCGCCGAAACGGGACCAUGACGCAAAUCAUUCCUGGCAUGAAGGAGCCGAUGGAGUUUACCAUAUGCAAGAGCCCCUUGAUUUCGGUCCGGCCACUCGUGCAGAAGAUUGCGCCGCAUGGCUCUUCGCAGCUGUCGAUACUGACAGCGUCGAGAAAGGGGUGCAUUCACGUGGCGACCCAGCAAGUGAAUGACACCUGGGUAUCACAGAGCCUCGACGUUCAUUCUGACGAGGAUCGAGAUGCGUAUCAGGUCGUACCGCUUUCGGCCCUCAGCUCAUUCCUGAUCGCCAGGUCGCAGACCGUGGAUCUCAUUGACGCGAAAUCCAAAGACUUGCUUCACACCUUCGAAACGGAUCCCAUCCAGCCGCGGUCGCUGAGGUGCUUCCACUCCUCGCGACGGAAGCCGCAGUGUGGCUCGAUCGGGCUCGUCUCGUUUGGCAUCGCCUACAACCACGCGGAGACGGGCGACUGCAUCAUGCACUCGUUUACGCCCAAGGAGGACGGCAACGUCAUCUGUUUCCGCAACACAAACCUCCCUCCGAGUCGCAGCUGCAGUUUAUGGUCCGAAACGAUCGAGUCGAAGCGACAAAUCAGCAACCCAGGCACGUGGGAGGCACUACCCAACGGCUUCCUUGUGGGCGUGCGGCGGGACGUUAACGACAGCGGAUCGAGCAGCGGCGAGUCGUCCCCAACGACUACCGGUGGCCUCCGGCGCAGGAUGUACCAGCGGCUGGAGAAGCGACCGAGCAGAUCCUCGGACAACUGGGAGGUGUGGGUGGCUUCGCAACUGGGACGCGAGGAGAUUUACGAAACGAGGCCGCUUCAUGCCGACUACGAGGUUGGGUCGCAUCUCAUCAUUUCAGAGCUCGGCCCGAUCGUCAAGGUCGGUACGGCGUCGGUCGCGGUUGGUUUCGGCAAUGUCAUCAAGCUCAUCACGGUCGGGCAUCAGCACUUCGAGGACCUGGCCGAGAACGAGAACGAGGAGUCUCUGCACAUUGGCAGUCGACGACGGAAACCGGCAGCGGUUACGCAUGCGCGUAUGAAGGUCCCGUCAUGGAAUUGA